AUGGCCAGUGGAUUCAUAGACAACGGUAUUUACUUCAUCCAGAACAUAGGCACCGGCACCGUCGCAGACCUCGCAAAUGGCUCCUCCGACAACGGUACCAAGGUCCAAGGUUAUAGCAAGCGCGAGCUCAACGAUCCCUCGGCAUCCGCGCAGUUGUGGAUCAUCACCCGGGUAGAACACGACGAGUAUACGAUCCGGAACGCAAACAGCUGCAAAUACAUGGAUAUCAAGGGAGGCACCACGGUCGAUUCGACGCCCGUUGUUGCCUGCCAGGGCACUGGCCACCGGAACCAACGCUGGGCCAUCAAGCGCAACGAUAAGAAAACGGCGUAUGUUCAAUGUGGGGAGUGGCAGUACGUCCUCUUGUUUGUGGAUUCUAGCGAAACCAGUAAUCGACACGUGUGCAUCGAUGCAUCUUACCUCGACUAUGGCUGGGGAACCGAGAAUGGUACGCCUAUGCAGAUCUGGGCCGGAAUCGGUCCGAGCACCGUUCACCCGCUCCAGCUGUGGCACGUUGUUCGUGCUUGA